AUGCCUCGAUCAAAUAAUGAUCAUGGAGCGAAUGUACGAACUCUAUCACAAGGCACUACACGACAGCCAACUAUGGGCCUACUCGAUGCUAUUAAUCUUCUUCUAGCAUGCAUCAUUGGAUCAGGUAUAUUCAUCAGUGCUAGAACUGUACUGGAAUUUUCUGGUUCCUAUGGUCUGUCGAUUGUGGUUUUUAUUGGUUGCGGUAUCUUGUGUAUUCUGGGAGCUCUAUGCUAUGCCGAACUUGGCUGUUCUUAUGUAUCGUCAGGUGGUGAUUAUACCUAUCUUCGUGUAGCAUUUGGAGAUUUUCCAGGCUUUCUUCGUGUUUGGAUUGAAGUUGUUCUAUCACGACCGAUGAUUGUUGUAUUGAGUGUAUUAACAGCUUCGAACUAUCUGGUCUAUUGGUUCUAUCCAACAUGUCCACCACCGGCUGCAUUGUUGAAAUGUUUAUCAUCGUUUCUUUUAUUAAUUGUUGGCUUUAUUAAUUUAGCAUCAGGCGUAUGGACGAAUCGACUUCAUCAAGUUUGCAAUUAUUUUAAAAUUGCUUCACUACUGAUUAUUUUUGGUGCUGGUAUUUAUCAAAUGGUUUUAGGUAAAACAGAAAAUUUUUCUGAACCAUUCGAAACUUCAACAUAUAAUAAACUACCCAGUGCAUUUUAUGCUGGCUUAUAUCCAUAUGCUGGAUGGAACUAUUUAAAUAAUGCUAUUGAUGAUCUUAAAAAUCCAAAACGUCUCUUACCACUUUCAAUUGUUAUAUCACUGUUUAUAUGUAUUGCCGUUUAUUUUUUAACAUUCAGUGCUUAUUUUACGACUCUAUCUACAUUUGAUAUUCUAUCAUCGGAUGCAACAGCUGUUAGCUUUGCUGAACGUGUAUUACCAGCACUUUUGUAUAUUAUACCAAUUGGUGUAACAAUGUCUUGUGUUGGCGCUGCAUCGGGAAAUAUUUUUACUGUCGUACAAAUGUUUGAUGCUGCUGGUCGCGAUGGUUUAAUGCCACAUAUAAUUUCAAUGAGACAUUUUAAAACAAAUGUACCUAUGCUGGCUAUUUGGUUUGAAAUUAUCGUCAGUUUUACUUUUCUUUUCUUUAUGCCAAAUAUUGGAAAAUUAAUUAUAUGCGCAGGCAUGAUUAACUGGAUUAGUAUCUUGAUGACAACUGUUGGUUUAAUUGUUCUUCGUUUUAAAUAUCCAACACGUGAACGACCAAUUAAAGUACCUAUAAUUAUACCGAUUAUAUUCAUUACAAUUCUUGUAAUGCUUAUUGGUACAAGUGCAGUAACUGAUUUCGAAAAUAUUAAAACAUCCUUAUUGCUUCUUGGAACUGCUGUACCUGCUUAUAUAUUUGGUGUCGCAUGGGAAAAGAAACCGAAAAGUUUUAAUACUCAAUAUAAUUCAUUUGCGAUGACAUUACAGAAAAUAUUUCAUGUCGUACACGAAGAACAUACUGAUUAA